CCAUGAAAGUAAGAAAAAGAAGUCGCCCAUGAACAUUAUUACUGUUCAGCCAUCAUGGCGGCGCCCUGUAUCCUGAAGUAAAGUCACAUGUUUUUCCUUCCAGAAGAGAUUAUUAGUAUUGAAUGUGAUCUUUCCACCUCGCUCAGGUGGAUCCGGGUUAAUAAUGCCUCGUUACGAGCUGUCUCUUGUGCUGAAGGCCAUGCAGAGGCCGGAGACCGCGGCGGUGCUCAGGCGCACGAUGGAGACCUUGAUGGAGCGCGGCGCUGUGGUCAGAAACCUGGAGAACCUCGGAGAGAGAAGGUUACCGUACAAGAUCAGCAAACACAACCAGCAGCACACACGCGCUGGUUACUUCCUCAUCGACUUUCACUCCUCGCCGUCUAUUCUGACUGCUUUACUGAAUCACCUGGAGAGAGAUGUGGACGUGGUGCGUCAGACGGUGUUAAAGAAAGACGCAGAGCCUCCUAAAGCUCCGUGCUGUGGUGUAUCACCUUCUCAGACAAAAAAGAUGACUUCUACAUAAACGUCUUUAAGGAAGAGGAUGCACUGCUGGAGUUUGCUGAAUUUCAACCCUGUCCCUGUGAUGGUUUAUAAUGAGAAAUGAAUAAAUCAAUAAUAAAAAAAAACUUUGUAAAAUAUGUUUGUUAAAAAUGUGCAUGUCCCUGACACAAAUGAAAAGACAAUUGAUAAAUAAAAAAGAGAUUGAUUGAUUGAUAAAUAAAGCAUAAGCGUUCAGGCCCAAGUAUAUACAUAGGUAUGAACAUACAUGCAGUUAUUCAACAAACACUUGAACUGCAAUACAUUUGGAGGUGCUGAGUUUGAUUAGGAUUGUGUUUACUUACUCAGUAACGCCGUCAACUCUAAUCAUAGAUCUGAUUAAAUCAUGUGUGUGUGUUGGAACAGAUAACUCUUUAACUCUGUAACUCUGAAAAUAAAUCUAUUCUAGGAAAAUUAAGGCCUUGUUUUUUACAGGGCCUGCUCUGGUUUUGGAUAUAUAUUGCACCCCUGUGAAGAAAAGAAGUGUCUCAUAACAGUAUGUUUAUCCACACUUAUAUGCAUUUACACCAGUUAAAAGGGAAUUAUUUUAUACCACAGCGAUGUUCAUAGUUCUGAUUCAGUCUUAUAAAGGCUUAUAUCUAUUAUCUGUUAUUUUAUUUACUAGCAGCUCUGACAGUAGCAACUCUUUCUAUUUCAAUUUACAAAAUUAUAUGAAUUUGAUUGUUCCGAUGUUAUCGUUGCUAUAAUAACUCGUUCACUUAACUCGUAAUUGUAUGACUGUGGACAAGGCAAGCUGUUUGUGUGUGUGCGCUCCAGUGUGUGUAACUAAGUGACUGAUCAAGUGUGUCUCAAGCUGCAGUGUGCCGGUAUACUCCCUAGUGUGCUGUAUGACUUCCUGUGACAAAUACUCAUUUUUUUCAUUAGGAGAAACCAUUUUGUAUGAGAUCUUUGAAAAUAAAAUUAAAAACUUAA